UUGGCGGAAGACAGACACAAUCGCAAGAACUCCCGUCGAAGGUCGCUGUUUUUGCUUUUGGUCUCUCCGAUCUCCUAAUCACCAAAAUCCGAUCCAACCAUUAACACAAUUUACUCAAGUUUUCGAUUCUUCAUUCAGAAGACGGCGCAAUUUCAUCCCCAAUUUGGUCAAAAUUUCCAUCAAUUCUUUUUCUUUAUCUGUUUUGUUGGUGGAGGAUUUCUGAGGGCUUUAUCUCAAAUUCAGCCGUUUGCUGAAAUUUUGACUCUGAAAAAUGAUUCCAAGGAAAGACGGUUCUCGUAUAGACACUUCUGAGCUGAAAGCCAUGAUCUAUCGGAAGCUUGGACAUCAAAAGUCGGAGAAAUACUUUGAUCACCUCAAGAAAUUGUUGAGUUUAAAGAUUAACAAAAGGGAAUUCGACAAGUUUUGCAUUCAGAUUAUUGGGAGGGAGAUUAUACCUCUUCAUAAUCGUCUUAUCAGAGCAAUUCUUCAAAAUGCUUGUGGGGCUAAAACUCCCCCUGUUCUUAAUAGUACAAGGAAAGUUGGAGGCAAUCUCAGUGUAAAGGUUGUGAAUGGAUAUCAGAGGAGUUGUCUUCAAUCGCUUCAUGGGGAUACGUUCCUUUCUUCUCCCCGAAAGUGUAGGUCUCCGGUUAGUAGAGACCGCAAGAUUCGAGAUCGUCCAAGUCCUUUGGGACCAUGUGGGAAGCCACAGAAUAUGGCACUUGAAGAAUUGUCUUUCAAGGCACAAGAACAGCAAAGUGCAACAGAGAUGCAUUCUCUUGGCAGCCGUCCUCCUGUCGAAAUGGCGUCCGUAGAAGACGGAGAAGAGGUUGAGCAGGUGGCUGGAAGUCCAGGAGUUCAGAGCAGAAGCCCAGUUACUGCUCCGCUUGGUAUAUCCAUGAACUUCGUUGGUUCUAGUAAAACUCUCUCUAAUGUUCCUGUCAGAAGAAACUACUAUGUAACAACUUGUCAAGAUGGUGGCGAGCUACCCGACACCAGGUUGCUAAGAACGCAUUUGAGGCAGAAGUUGGAAACAGAGCAGAUUGAUAUAUCUGUCGAUGGCGUAAACCUUCUUAACAAUGCACUGGAUGUUUAUUUAAAGAGGUUAAUCGAGCCAUGUUUGAAUUUCUCUCGGUCAAGGUGCGAGCGAAUGAAAUAUACAGGCAAUCAACCAAUAACUGGCUCAAGAAUCGCUUUCCAGGAACAACAUCGACAUCGAGCUCAACAAUUGAAUAACGCAUCCUUGUUGGACUUCCGUGUCGCAAUGCAACUGAAUCCUGAAGUACUUGGGAGAGACUGGACGAUGCAGCUUGAGAAAAUCAGUUUACGAGCUUCUGAAGAGUGAACCGGCCAAGCUGGUCUGACCAUGUCACAUCAGAAGAAGUAUAGUAGUCUCUGAAUUGUCGAAAGGUGAUCAUAUAUUGUGAAUAAUUUGAUGGUUCGGUGCCUUUGGAAGUUCGUUGCUAAUUUUUGCGAUUCUUGUGAGGAUAGGUUUUCAGAUCCAUUUUGAGCCUUAAAUCAAGUUGAUUAGGUUACAUGUAGAUAAAGGCUCAAAUGAUCAUUGUCUUGAGUAAUAUGUUUAUGAUCUAAUAAAAGCAUACAACUUCAAUCACUCUUUCUGUGACA